CAGCCUGGAAUUUCGACGUUGUCCUCUCUUCCCUCGCUCGAAGUGACGCAGGGUUGCGUUGCUGUCGGUUGUCGGCGACGCGUUCCCUUCGUUCUAAAGCCCUAAACCCGUCGUCGUCGUUGGUGCCCGGUAACUAAAGCCAGAAGAACAUGGUGAGACUCACGGUCGAUUUAAUCUGGAAAAGCCCUCAUUUCUUCAAUGCCAUUAAGGAGCGAGAACUGGACCUUCGAGGAAACAAGAUAGCAGUGAUAGAAAACCUCGGUGCCACCGAGGAUCAAUUUGAUGCCAUUGAUUUGUCUGAUAAUGAGAUUGUGAAGUUGGAAAAUAUGCCAUAUCUUAAUCGAUUGGGCACAUUGCUUAUCAAUAAUAAUAGGAUCACUCGCAUCAAUCCAAAUAUUGGAGAAUUCUUGCCAAAAUUACACACAUUAGUUCUUACAAACAACAGACUUGUGAACUUGGUAGAAAUUGACCCGUUGGCAUCCCUUCCAAAACUUCAGUUUCUUAGUUUAUUGGAUAACAAUAUUACGAAGAAGCCAAACUAUAGAUUGUAUGUCAUUCACAAGUUGAAGUCACUCCGGGUGCUUGAUUUCAAGAAAGUCAGAAACAAGGAGAGAUUGGAGGCCAGGAGUUUAUUUUCAUCAAAAGAAGUAGAAGAAGAGGCAAAAAACGAAUCUGUGAAGACGUUUGUUCCUGGUGAGGUAGAGAAUGCAUCAAAACCUGCAGAGGAGAAACAAACUUCAAAUGUGUCCGCUCCAACACCGGAGCAAAUUAUAGCUAUUAAGAUUCUUUUAAAAUAUGUAAGAUUCUAUUGGCAUUGUUAUCAGGAACUGAAAUGGUUUAUGUUGUAUGUACGACACUUAUGAUGGCUUUGAAAUUUUCUUUUCC